UGUGCUUUUGAGGCCCUGCGAGAAGCAGCAACUGAGUUCCCGUGCCGUAGAUCGUCAAGAUUCGGUCACAGGAUACGGCGAAUCAGAUGAAGGCAAGGCUGCAGCUUGCGCCCAAGGUGGAGGUGACUCUCUGGGCAGCCGCAUGAGCUAAGCUCCCCCACACCACAGCACUGCAUACCUCUCGACGCGAUCAAGGAGGCAUUUUGCUCUAUUGAUUGCUCCUUGCUUAACUUGACAUACACGUAUCUUUAUAUCAGACUGCAGUAGGCAGCAUCGAACGAGCCGCACCCGUUGCACGCAGCGCGCAUUCCAUCCCGUCACACCCCGCACUCAGCAGCGCACCUUCCCACCGCAAUGGCGGAAUCUUUGGAAACGCCCAACAAGAAGAGGGACGGUCACGUCCCCUCUCCACUCCAGUCUCUCAGCAGCUCCAUAGCCUCGCUCGGCCGCUCGCCGCCCCCAGGUCUCGCAAUGGGAUCCAGCCCAAGCCCGCACACGCACCGUGGGAGCUUCGCAGAGCAGAUGCGCGGAGGUCCUGGCUCGCCACGCGCCUCACGACAGCCCUCUCUUUCGCAGCAGGCUUUCCAAGACCUGAUCAACAACCCGCCCACCAAGUCAGGAGACCCAAAAUUCCAUGGACGCGACUGGAAGACUAUUCGACUGGGAGAGAUCGUAGACCCAUCGCUGGUACGGUUUGUCGAAUAUGACACCAGCGUAGAGGAUGCUACAAGCCUACUCGUCAGGUCUGGCGCACCCAACGUGGUCCUGCUCCGCGAAAACGCAAGCACACGCCACGCAAUCGGCACCUUCGACUACAGCGAUCUGAACGCAUAUCUCCUCCUCGUAGUCGGCCUCGCACACCCUGAAGAGCAAGAUGUGGCUUCGUUCGACGGGCUGGCAAAGAAGGGACGAGAGGGCAAGCCUAUCCCACUCAAAGAUGUAAAGGACCUGGGAAAGAAGGAGCCGCUGAUCACACUGUCUCACACAGCAGAUCUGACUAAGGCAAUGGAGGUGUUCGGUAGCGGCGUGCAUAGGGUGCUCGUUGCGAAAGAGGGCACCUCAGAUAUCGUUGGUGUGCUGACACAACUGAGGUUGGUUUCAUUCUUCUGGGAGAACAGGGCAAGUAUCCCUGUGGUAGACCAGCUGUAUCCGCAGCUACUCAAGGAUUUGAGCAUAGGGCAGAAGCAGGUUUUAGCUAUCAACGGCGACAAGCCCCUGGCAACAGCUCUCGAGCUCAUGCACAACGAAGGGGUAUCAUCCAUACCAGUCCUCGACGUACAGAACAACGUCAUCGGCAAUAUCUCACAGGUCGAUGUCCGACUCCUCACGAAGUCUACCUCCCUUCCUCUUCUCCGCUCGUCUUGCAUUCAUUUCAUAUCCGUCAUCCUUUCCGAGCGUGGCGUAAACGACGGCAAAGACUCCUUCCCCGUCUUCCACGUAAACCCCUUCAGCACACUCGCCCACACCGUUGCAAAACUCGUCGCAACCCGCUCCCAUCGCAUGUGGGUCGUCGACACACCCUCGCCUGCCUCUUCAGGAGCUUCGACUCCCGCGAUCCAGCCCACUGUCCUCGUCCCUCCGUCGCCAAUCACGCCUCUCCCAGUGUCCCUGUCCGGCCCUGCACCUGUCAACACGGCUGCGCCAACACACCUAGCAGGAACAGGCACAGUGGCGCCCGCUAUCUCUGCGAGCGCGAUUCCCGGUGCAAGCCUGUCUGGCAGGCUCAGUGGCGUGAUCAGCCUGACAGACAUCCUGAAUGUGUUCGCGCGAGCGAGUGGGCUGCAUCCUCAUGAUCCUGAUGAGGCGCGCCGCGCACGGAGGCGGUCGAGUUCGAGUAGCAUGCGGACUAGCAUGGAUAGCUCACGGAGUGAGAGCGUAUCUGGUAUCGCAGGCACUUCCGGGAGAAGGAAUAGUGUCAGCGAAAGGGACAGGACUGCGAGCAUACAAGGCCUAGGAGCGAGGGGAAGGGGCGCCUAAACAAAUGGUAUGCGUAUCAUGGUUGCGAGAUUGUAUUUGAGCAUCAUCGAGACUGAAUGUGACUCGAGAUUGGUUUGAGGACUUUGUUUAUCAUGGCGUUAUAGCGACUGGGCGGGCAUAAGACCUACAUAGGCAC